AUGAGGAACAAGAACAUAGUUCACAUGCUGGUGAAAGCUCUUGAUCGGGACAAUUUUGAGCUGCUUAUUCUAGUUGUGUCAUUUUUGAAGAAACUCAGCAUUUUUAUGGAGAAUAAAAAUGACAUGGUGGAAAUGGAUAUUGUUGAAAAACUGGUAAAAAUGAUACCUUGUGAGCAUGAAGAUCUGCUAAAUAUCACCCUCCGACUUCUACUAAACCUGUCCUUUGACACGGGACUGAGGAAUAAGAUGGUACAAGUUGGACUGCUUCCCAAACUCACUGCGCUCUUAGGCAAUGAAAACUACAAACAAAUAGCAAUGUGUGUUCUUUACCAUAUAAGCAUGGAUGAUCGCUUUAAAUCAAUGUUUGCAUAUACUGACUGCAUACCACAGUUAAUGAAGAUGCUCUUCGAGUGUUCAGAUGAACGAAUUGACUUGGAACUCAUUUCUUUCUGCAUUAAUCUUGCUGCUAACAAAAGGAAUGUACAGCUUAUCUGUGAAGGAAACGGGCUGAAGAUGCUCAUGAAGAGAGCUCUGAAGUUCAAGGAUCCAUUGCUGAUGAAAAUGAUUAGGAACAUUUCCCAGCAUGAUGGACCAACUAAAAAUUUAUUUAUUGAUUAUGUUGGGGACCUUGCUGCUCAGAUCUCUAAUGAUGAAGAGGAGGAGUUUGUGAUUGAAUGUUUAGGAACUCUUGCAAAUUUGACCAUUCCAGACUUAGACUGGGAAUUGGUUCUUAAGGAGUAUAAGCUGGUUCCAUACCUCAAGGAUAAACUAAAACCAGGUGCUGCAGAAGAUGACCUUGUUUUAGAAGUGGUUAUAAUGAUUGGAACUGUAUCUAUGGAUGACUCUUGUGCUGCAUUGCUAGCCAAAUCUGGGAUAAUCCCUGCACUCAUUGAGUUGCUAAAUGCUCAACAAGAAGAUGAUGAAUUUGUGUGUCAGAUAAUUUAUGUCUUCUACCAAAUGGUUUUCCAUCAAGCCACAAGAGAUGUCAUAAUCAAGGAAACACAGGCUCCAGCAUAUCUCAUAGAUCUGAUGCAUGAUAAAAAUAAUGAAAUCCGAAAAGUCUGUGAUAAUACAUUAGAUAUUAUAGCGGAAUAUGAUGAAGAAUGGGCCAAGAAAAUUCAGAGUGAGAAGUUUCGCUGGCAUAACUCUCAGUGGCUGGAGAUGGUAGAAAGUCGUCAGAUGGAUGAAAGUGAGCAGUACUUGUAUGGUGAUGAUCGAAUUGAGCCAUACAUCCAUGAGGGAGAUAUUCUCGAGAGACCUGACCUUUUCUACAGCUCAGAUGGAUUAGUUGCCUCUGAAGGAGCCAUGAGUCCAGAUUUCUUCAAUGAUUAUCACCUUCAAAAUGGAGAUGUAGUUGGGCAGCAUUCAUUUGCUGGCAGCCUUGGAAUGGAUGGCUUUGGCCAGUCUGUUGGCAUUCUUGGACGCCCUGCCACGGCUUAUGGAUUCCGCCCUGAUGAACCUUACUACUAUGGCUGUGGGUCUCGGUAA